UGGACGAGAUGGAGCAGGUGCAGCAGCAGCUGCAGCGCAUGCAGUGGGAGGAGGCGGCGGAGGGGGCGCUCAUGCGCCGUGCAUCAGUGGACGAGCUGCUGGCGCUGCAGGCGCAGGGGGAGCGGCUGCCCACGGGCAGUGCAGUGGUGGCGCGCGUGCACGCGGUGGUGGCGGCAGGCAGCGACUGGCAGGCCAGGGCGCAGAGGGCGCUGCAGGAGGGGUGCAGCCUGGAGGAGGGCGAGGCGAUGAGCAGGGAGGCGGAGGCCAUCCCAGCAUCGCUGGCAGGCCAUGCUCACCUGAUGUCAGCCUUGCAUGCAGAGGUCGUUGCGCUGCCCGUGCGUCCACCGCACGCACCACAGCUCGCCUCGCUGCUCUCUUCUCUCGCCGCCUGGCAAUCCGCCACCUCACACGCCCUCCACACCGCCACCACCUUGCUCUCACCACCCACCACAGUCACACCGACCACAGCAGCUGCAGCACAGAGCACCCAAGCCAGCCCGGCUGCAGUGCCCAUCGCCACCGAGUCAGGCGCCACACCCCUUGCAUCAGCACCAGCUGCGCCUGCAGGCAAGCCCCCCCCGGAGCUACUGGUGCCGGCAGCAGCAGCGAGCGCCAGUGCGGCUGAGCUGUCGUCGCUGCUCACCCAGGGGGCAGCACUGGGCGUGGCGGUGCCCGAGCUGCCGGCUGUGCGCGCGCUGCUGCAGCGCCUGCACUGGGAGGUCGCCGCCCAUGCCCUGCUGUCUGGCACUGCAGAUACUGCGGUGCAGAGUGGUGGUGUGGCGCAGGACAGUGCGGUGCAGGGUGGUGGUGAGAGGCGAGGCAAGCCCAGCGUGGAGGAGGUGGAGGCACUGGUGGCGGCUUACCCACUCACUGAUGCGCUCGCCCACCCUCCACCCCACCCAACGCCAUCAGCACCACCACUACCAUCAGCAGCUCCAUCCGAGGGCCUUGCUCAGCCUGCUGCAUCCGCCCCCUCUCCGCCCCCCUCGGCGCGCCUCUCCCUGCUGCACUCAGCCCUGGCGGACGCACGGCAGUGGGUGCAGGCGGCCAAUGAGAUGCUGACACGUGGCCCUGCCAGCUGUGAGGUGCAGGAGGUGGAGGCGAUGGUGGCACGUGGCAUGGCCUUGCAGGUGUGUGUGCACAACAAGUGCCACCAGCUCAGCACCGUCAUCGCCUCCCACAGGGAGUGGGUCAGCGAGGUGCAGCAACUGCUCGCCCCACGCCUCCCUGCGCCCACCUCACCACCUCCGCUGCUGCCCCGUGCACCUGCCACAACACUUGCGCACCUCAAGGGCCUCCAGGUGCACGGCAGCAGCAGCGUGGUGGCGAGCGGGGAGGCCCGGCAGGUGCAGCAGGCAGUGGCAGCGCUGGACGACUGGCUCGUUGCGUGCUGUGCUGCCCUCCGGGGGGGCUCAGGGGACGAGGGGGCGAGAGGAGGAGGCGAGGGGGCACAAGGGGAGGGGAGUGUGGCACCAGGGGAGGGUAAGGGGCUGCACGGGGAGGGCAAGGGGCGGGUGUGUGAGGAGGAGGUGGUGUGGAAGCUGAAGCACAUGCACAGCAGCGUGCAAGCAGCUCUUCAUCGCAUCUCCUCCCUGGCCCGCCGCACCGCUGCCCUCUCACACCUCACUGCUCUGCCGGCUCAACCCUUCUCUGCGUCAGCCAAUGCUCCUCAUCCCGCAGUGCUGGCAGGCAGCGCAGUAGGUGUGGCACCGGCAGUAGCAGCAGCAGUGCGAGGGGCGCCAGAGGCAUCAGAGGCACCUGUACCUGCUCCGCCUGGUGCUGCUGCGGCGGCGGUUGCUGGAAGCGUCUCUUCGUCCGACACCGUUUGCUGGUGUGCGGUGCUGCACCGCGCCCACCCUGCAUGUGCUGCUUCUGCUGGUUUCUCUGGCGGCAGCGACGGGCAGGCAGUGGUUGGCGGGCAGGCGGGAGGAGGCGGUGGGGAUGUCCGGGUUCGGGGAAAGUGCAGCGGUGGGAGGAGAGCCGCUGCUGUUGUGUGCGGUGCUGUUGGGCGAGAGAGUGGUGCAGGCGGCGCAGGGAUGUCAUGGGAGAAGAGGGAAGAGAAGGCAGGAGAAGCAAGAGGCGAUAGGGAAGGGAAUAUGGGAGCAGUGCGUUUGGAGAAGGGUGAAGCAAAGGAGGAGGAGCAGAAAUUCCACGCCGACUGUCUCUCAUACUUGCAUGCUGCCGCCCCCUCCGCCGCUCAAGACGAGCAGCAGCAGGAGAAGGCGCAAGAGCAGAAGCGAGAGGCAGCAGGGCAGCAGCAGGCAAGGGCAGAGCAGGCCUCGUCGCCUGCCCCGCGUGUCGCUGCGGUGCUUGGUGGGCCUGCUCUCUCGCGCUCUCCCUCUCCACCCCAGGAUCGCAGCCGUGCACAGCUUGGAGCAACUCGUCCAAUCAGCAACGCGUUGCUCUCACUUGCUGACAUCAGCGCUCUCCACCACCCUGUCCUUGCCACGUCAUGCCGAACCCCUGCCUCCCUCCAUACUCAGCUGUCUGCUUCAGGUGAUUUUUCAGCAUUGUUUCAGGUUAUGGCUGACCCUUUGUCUCAAGUGGCCUCCUGUCUUCCACUCGACAUGCCACUUGCCUCUCCGCCAUCGCUCUCCUCCACUGCCCCUGCUGCCACACCAGCGGCACUAGAUUCAAUAGCAGCGCAGGCAGCAGAGCCUCUUGCCUCGUGGCUGCUGCACGUGAAUGCAGUUCUCUCACCGCCCACACGCCAGCAGCAGCAGCAGCAUCUGGUGCAAGGGGAUCACACGAAGCAUGUCACCGGCACUGCAGCUGCUGCCGCGGCAGCGACUGUGGGAGUGGUGGCUGGAGGGCAACAGGAGGUGCAGCAGUCGGCAGGGCAGAGCGCCAAGGAUGGUGGAGGAGGGCCAACAGUGCCAACAGGGCCAGCGGCAGCGGCGGUGUCGGAGGCAGGGACAGGCUGCUCUGUUGAGGCGGGCGGCACGCUGGCGGUGAUGCAGAGGGCAGUGGCCGCCCACUGCUGGAGGGCUGCCACGUGUAGCGCUCUCAUUGGCCGCCCACGGCCCCGACCUUCCACCCUGGCACAGCUGGUGCAGACGGGCUCGCACACAGUAGGCACAACUGAUGCCGUUCUCGGGGAAGCCAAACAGCGACACGAGGCAGCUUCUGAGUGGCUGUCUUGCUUCAGCAAGGCACUCUCAUCUCAGUCACAGCUGUCAGAGCGCCAGGCCGCCCAGCGUCUGUCACAUCUGCGCGCGCUCAUCAGCCACGCCUCUGCCCUGCCUGUGGACCUGCGCCCAGAGAUCAAGACCCUGCGCCGCGCUGUGGCCCGCCUGGCAUCGCGCCUCAAGGCUGAUACCGCUGCAACUACUCCUCCUGCCACUCAAUCGCCUCCUCCCACCGCACCACCCACUGCAUCGCUGCUCACCGCACCCUCUCCCGCACGCACAGCGACGCCUCUGGCUGUAGCAAAAACUGUAGCGCCGUCAGGCAAAGCAGCUGCGACAGCACGUGGGGGAAUCGGCACCGCAGGUGCUGCCUCGGAACUGAAGGCGUCCGGGCUGAAAGGCUCUCGCAGUGCCAAGCGGAAGCUGGCAGCAGGCGGGGAAGGCAAGGCAGUGCGUGUGGCUGGCGCUGGUGCCACGGCCGCAGCCACCAAGGGCAAGAGGAGCCCUCGCGCCCUGCACGCAGCGGCCCUGCAAGGAGGCAGCUGCAUGGCCGUGCCUGCUUGUGCUACAACCUGCCCCCGUGGCCCGACUGUAACAUACGAGCCUGCCCCCUCCUCCUGCAUUGCCUCACCGCUUCUGCCUGCCUGCUCCUCCCUUCCUCAACCCACCGAUCCAUCCCGCAUGGCCUCUCGCCCUCUCUCCCCUUCACUCCCUGCCCCCCCGGCCACCUCCCCUGCUGCUGCUCCUCUGCCUGCACCGCUGGCAUCGCCAGCUACCUGCCCGCCUGCCCCAGGGAGUGAGGCAGGGGCAGGCGUGAGAGUGAGUGGGAAGAGGAGCAGGUCCGUGAGGAAGAGGAGGAGAGAGGUAGGGGAGGGGAGUGGUGGGGGAGGCGGUGAGGUGAGGGCGGGAGACAGCAGCGAUGGCGAUGGCGAUGGGGAUGGGGAUGGGGAUGGGGAUGGGUGUGCUGGCAGUGCGGGAAGUGCUGGUGGGGUGCAGCGCAGCAAGGCAGCAGCAGAAGAACAAGCUGCUGUGCUGCUAUCAGCUGACUUGACCGCCAAGGUUGCCAGCUCAGCAGCCAAGGUUGCUAGCUCAGCAGAAAAGGCUUGCUGCCUAGAAGGGAAGGGCGGUGAGGGUCAGAGGAGGAAAGGCAGGGGAGAUAGCCAAGAUAAGAGAAGUGGAGACAGGGUGCGGGCGAUUGAGAGUGGCAUGCCAGGCACACGCACAGCAGGCCAGGGGAAGAUGAGCCCUCGGCCACAUGAAAGCGCAACAGCAGGCCAGGGGAAGAUGAGCCCUCGGCCACAUGAAAGCGCAACAGCAGGCCAGGGGAAGAUGAGCCCUCGGCCACAUGAAAGCGCAACAGCAGGCCAGGGGAAGAUGAGCCCUCGGCCACAUGAAAGCGCAACAGCAGGCCAGGGGAAGAUGAGCCCUCGCCCACAUGAAAGCGCAACAGCAGGCCAGGGGAAGAUGAGCCCUCGGCCACAUGAAAGCGCAACAGCAGGCCAGGGGAAGAUGAGCCCUCGGCCACAUGAAAGCGCAACAGCAGCGGCAGCAGAGGGUGUGACAGUUGGCAGUGCGUGGCAGCAUGGCAGAGCGAGUGAGAGUGAGAGUUUGGGGCGAGAGGGUGCAGCAGGUGGUGCAGAAGGUGGGAGCAGGGGAGGCGGGGUGGUGGAGGGAGGGGCGGGUGGAGGAAGGCGGUCGGUGCGCAGCACAGCAGGCCGGCACCCUGGCUUCGAUGGCUUCCUGCUGCUGCCCCGCAUCCGAUGA